AUGAACAAUCGAAUAAACCCAUAUUCACCCCCCAAUACCCACCCAUCCGGAUCUAGCACCAGUCUUCAGGAUUUGAACAACUCUAAACAGCAGUCUCUGCGAUAUAAUGAUAUUAGAUCCCCCCGAGAAAUGAUGAGAUCGUCCAAACUGGAGAACGACUUUAUGAAUAGGGACAAUAGAGAUCGAAGUUCCACCAUGAACUCGAUUGACAGUCUCAACAUCAAUUCAAUUGAAAACAAUAAGAUGUACAAAGUACACGUCGAUCAAGAUGAUAUGAACGAACUAAUUAAUGAAUCCCCUGCAAAUGUCAAAAGUCCGACUUGGCUCUUAAGUGAUAUCUUACAGUCCUUUAGCAGUAUAAGAGAUAAAGACGAAUACCAGAUCGUGUCUAAGGGUAACGGACUAGUAUCUAUUCUAAUAAAAUACCCGUAUUUAAAGAACGAUAUUGUCCUCAAGAACUUCUUAAACAAAAUCCAGUUUAUGCUUUACCAUGACGUAUCAGAAGUAAGAGCUACAGGUUAUCGUAUUAUGCGAUACAUUAUAUCUAAUUACGAAUCCUUAACAAUAUUAAUACAGUCCAAAGUCUUGAUAUUUAUUAUAAUAUCUUUGUCCACAAAUUCCUCGUUACUAGAAAAAGAGCAGGCCCUUAAAUUAAUUAGAGAAUUUUUGAACAUCCCAAAGGGCACAGAUAAUUUAUCGAUCGGUGUCAUCAAGAGUCUUAUAGCUAUAACUGAGGUUAGUGAACCCAUGACUAACAUAACUGAUAACUUCAAGAAAAUAUGCAUUGAAACGAUCUGUGAGAUUGCAUUAUUGAGACCAGAAUUGAUUUUCCACAGUAGCGGGUUCAAGGUUAUUAUUGAAACUAUAGUGGAAGAUGAUUCUAUUGAGCUCUCUGGGAAUUGCAUUCUUGUACUUAUGAAAGUAUUGGACUCGGAGAAUACUCGAAAAUUCCUAAGAAACGGCCAUGAUUUAAAUUCGUUGGUAUCAACCUUCUCAAGUAUUGAUUCAGGGGAGGAAGAUAAAAAUAUUCCGACUUUUAAAUUGCAGAAGGCAGCUUUCCUGCUCUCAGUUAUCUUGAAAAAUUGGAAUGGGUUGAUGAGUUUUUCCCAUAAUAAUUUUGCAUGUCUUAAAGAUCUAAUAUUGAAUUUAAAAAAGAAAGGCCCGAAAUUACGAGAUAUUAUUAUGGAUAUUAUACUGGAUUUGUUAAGAAUCGAAAUGCUUCCUUGGUUGAAGUCAUGUAGCAUUGGUGAUGUAAUUCAAUGCUUUAAUAAUUAUGGCCACAAUUCCAACUACACCUUCGAGUACGAUGAAAUAAGCCCCGAAAGCUUUGAAUUUAACCUUAUAAAUCACUAUUUGGGUUUAAUUAUAGCGAUUUUAAUUAAUCAUGGUAUAAUCAAUCUCUUGACCGAAGUCAUCGAAGAAAAUUCCAAUGAAGCAAAUACGAAAAAGGCAACAAAACUAGUGACCCAUAUAUACUCGAUGGCGAAUAAUUUUCUCCCUCAUGAGUUACUCCACAGCAAACUUCUAUUGCCUUCUUUGCGUAAUGAAUGCUUGGAGCAUUCUUCAACCUUCAAGAUUUGGCAAUCGACCAGAAAAUCAAAUGAGUUAACUCAAACUUCGGGUUUCGAUCCAUCGAAUCUGUCUUCGAAGAAACUAAAGUUGUACAUAAAAAAUGUUAGCAUUGGUUCAAGAUAUAAUAUAGAUGAUACGGAAUUCAAGAAUAUGAUUAAUAACAUCAGAAUUUUAACCAUUAAAGAGUUUGAGGAAUGGAAUUGGAAUCUUUUAUUCAGCUUUAUUCAGGGUCCUUUAAGGAACCCCAAAAGAUUCGAUGAGAUUCUAGAAAAGAACCCGAAAUUUUUGAAAAGAUUGAUGUCAUUCUAUAGACCAUUCAAAUUCCGGUUCUGCAAUAUGCCAAUUACUCAUAAAAAUUUUAAAAUGUAUAUAAAUAUUGGUUGUCAGUUAUUGGAAACCUAUUUAACCUUAAAUCAUGGUAUAAAAUAUUUAUCAUCUAACAAAUUAUUGCCUCAGUUAUCAGAAAUAUUUGCACAAGUGGAUCCAUAUAGUGGAAUUGCCGCCAAAGAGCCAAUUUUAUCUAAGAAGAGACUUGAAAAUACUUUGAGUGUCGGUUAUGUAAAAUUUAUUGGUACGUUAUCAGCAAAUUCUUAUGGACUAAAAAUGUUAGAACAGUGGCAGUUUAUCAACUUGUUCCAUAAUAUAAUAGAGGGGAGUAGAGAUUCUGAGUCUAAUAAUUACUUGAUUAUAAACCUAUUAAACAGCUUAGAUUUUACUAUCGAUAGUCAGUUGAGAAUUGUGUUAUCAAAGGCAAUUGGUAUAUCUAAUUUGAAGAUUCGAAACUUCGUUAUUGAUAAUGUAAUUCCGAAAUUGAUAAAAAUUAAGGAAUGUGAACAUUUCGUUAUCAAAUUAUUAGUGAAUCAAAUAUAUGAUGUCGAUCAGGAAAUCUCAGAUAAAUCAAUUGAUUUAUUGUACGAUUGUUACUUGAGCAAUGAUAUAAAUAUUCUAAAUCAUAUUAUAAACUUGAGACCUUCAAUAGUAAUUUUAUCAAAACAUGCAAGUGGGAAGAUGCUAUUGAUGAAUUUUAUGAAGACAUCAAUUGGUUUCAAGUUCUUGGAAGAUUCAGGAUUCAUCGAUGCCGAAUUUGAUAAAUGGAUAAAUCUAAUCGGAUUCGAAUAUGUUAAGAAGAUUGAACUAUUAAUACAAAGGAGAUUUUUUCCGUAUGUUUCUUCUAUAGCUUCCGACGAAAAACUUCCGGUUCACUUCUUCAAUUACUUGUUACAGACAGAGGAAGGUUUAAUAUAUUUUCAAACUCUUAAACAAAGGAAUUAUUUAGAAAAUUUAAUUUCAAAUAUUGAAUUGAUUUCAGACAAGAUAGCUGAAAAUAAUAAUGAUGAAAUAUCCGUGGAUGAUGGAGACGAGGAAGAAGAUCAAAGUAAAUUAAUAAAUAAAUUAAAGCAGAACUUGUGGAUUAUUGGUAGUAUAGCUUCGGCGAAAUAUGGGAUUCAAUUAUUGGACACAGCUUAUACUAAUAUGGAUAAAUCAGUCGUUUCAAUGAUCCUAAAUUUAUUCUAUAAUUCGCCAAGUUGGCAAAUAAGAGGUAUUUCUUUCUAUUUAAUAGGAAGUAUUGCCUCAACUAUUGAAGGGAUUGAAAUUUUAGAUGAAUUGAAUUGGUAUUCAGUUAUAGAUAAGUACCACAACCCAAUGAAAUUAAGCUACCCUAAAGAUCUUUAUACAAAAGAUAUCUUCAAUGUUGAAAUUAAUAAUCCGUACCGAGAUAUUAAAUAUUAUUCAUUAUUUAGCGGCGGUGAUGAGAAUGUAGAAACUGAUAAGCUAUUUGGUGACAUCGAGGAUGAUGAGUUUUUCGACCAUGAAAAGAUUUAUGAGAAGAUUUUGAAUCUUGUUAAACAUUCAAGCUCCGUGUUGAAUAGAAUUGCCAGGAAGGCAACCAAACAAUUAACGUUUAUAAAGAAAAAUUCUCCUUCAGUGUUUGAAAAUAGAAGCCUUUUUUUGAAGAUAAUUAAAUUGGUUGAUAGAGGGAGUUAUAAAUUUAGCAUUAGAAAGUUUAUAUUCGAAUUAUUUCUAGAUACUAAGGUUUUAGAGAAUCUAGUGAAAAAGGAUAAGAAGAAUAUCAAUAUUAAAUAA